AAAAAAACGAAACCUUUACGCCGCAAGAAACGAGGAAGAAGGUGUUUUCUAGAUUCGUUGUCUUCUCCUUCUUCUUCUUCUUUAAGAGAAUCUAGAAGAAUCUUCUUGUUCGAUGGGGAAUAUUUUAGCGGCUGGUUCUAGGGUUUCUGAUAACGAAGAGCGAGCUGAUUCUUCUGAUGAUAAAUUGAAGGUAGCUGAUGUUAAGAUGGAGAAUGUUGAUGAAAACUCUGGACCAAUUGAGGAUUAUGUGAUGAGUGAGGUUUCUUCAUUGAGAGAAGAUGAAGAAGGAGAAGAAGAAGAAGAGAAUGGGUUUCAUGUGGGAGAUUUUGUUUGGGGAGAGGAAGCUAAUAGUCAACAAUGGUGGCCAGGUCAGAUUUAUGAUUCUUCACAUGCUUCAGACUUGGCUUUGAAGACAAUGCAAAAGGGUAAAUUACUUGUGAUUUAUUUUGGAGAUGGGGGCUUUGGUUGGUGCAAUCCAUUGCAAUUGAAACCGUUUCUUGAGAAUUUCAAAGAGUUUUCGAAGAUGAGUGAUUCAAAAGGCUUUGUUAGUGCUGUGGAAGAAGCUGUGAGAGAGAUUGGUGAACAUGUUGAGCAGUUUUUGGUUUGUGAUGAGGCGGCUUUGGUUAGUUCUGUAGCUGUGAAUUCUGGGAUUAAGGACGGUGUUGUUGUGCCUGAUGUUAGAAGAAAGAUUGUGUCGUCUUUGGUUCUUGAAAAUCUUGGUGUUGUUCUUGAAGAUGUUAAACGACUUGCCAGGAAGGUUAGCUUUAGUGAUUUGUUAGAGUUUGAGGUUUUGAAGAGGAAAAUAUCAGCGUUUUAUCGGUGUAAUGGUAGAUUUAAUUUGGCUAAGUAUGAUGAACAGAUAUAUAUUGUAGGACUUGAACACAAAGAUGAUGAUUCUUGCAAGAUAUCAUUGAGAGGGUGUUCAGGGUUUGCUAGGAAAAAGAGGAAUUGUGUUGCUGAAGUUAAUGGCAAUGUAGCAACUACUAGUUCAACUACCCUGAGGAGGAGAAGACUGUGUGAAGUUUCGAAGAUGGAAAAUGCUGAGGAAGAAGUUAGCAAUGGGAAGAGGAAGAGGAAGAGCAAAAUGGGUUUGGAUGAUGAUAGGAUCGAGAAACGGGAAGAGUCAAACGACUCAAAUCAUAUAGAAGAGAGUGCGAAGAAAGAUGAUUCAGGUAUCGAAAUUGAUGUUGAUUUAGCAACUCCAUUGCUUUCAAUCUGUAAAAGGCUCAGUGUUGAUGUUUCUUCAAGUGUUGAAAGGAACAAUGGAAAUGGUGAGGCGUUAGUGCAAACAGGUAAGAGAGAGAGGAAGAAAAGCAAGUAUCUUUCACCUGAAUACAUGACAGAUUUUAGUUGCAGAGCAAGGAAGAGCAAAAUAGAAUCUGCUGAAUCAAGUCAGAUUCAAGUAGCAGAGAAAAUAACACUUGAUAAAGCCAUUGAUUUUGUGAAACUGGAAGCUACAGCAGAGGAAGUGCUGAAUCUAAUUCGAGGACUGGCUCUCAGUACAAAAUAUCCAGAAGACUAUACUACCUCGUCUGACAUGGUAAGAGAGUUUGUGUCAAUGUAUCGAAGCUUUACAUAUCAUGAUGGGGCAAAUAACAAGAGAGUCAUUAAAGAUGAAGAGAAGCAGCCUGAAGUAGUGGAUGAGAAAGAACCAAAUGAUACUGUUGAGAAGCAAUUUUUAGGUGUUGAACUAUUUAUCAAGACUGCCUUUGGUUCUACUCUGCCUUCAAAAGAUGAUUUGAUCAAAACAUACAAAAAGUUUGGAGCUUUGGAAAAAAAGAGAAGCUAUACAUUCAACAAUAACUCCUCUGCACUCAUUGCUUUCUUAAAUGUAUCUGAUGGAGAAGAAGCUUUUAACAAGUCACUAGAGAAAUGCCCAUUUGCUACUACCUCCACCAUUACAUUCAAACUCAAGUAUCCAUCUUCUGCUUCACCUGAAAACACUAAUGAGAAGACGGAAACCGAAACUAGACAGUGCGUAACAGAAAUCGAGUCUUUGAAAGAGAAGCUUGAAGAUAUAAGAUCAUUGCUGGAUCAGUCAGAAGGAAUGAUUACAAAAGAAUUGAAGAUGAAACUUGAAGAUGAAUCAAGAAACUUGCUUGACAAGGUAAGCAAGAUGAUAAUUCGUCCGUCUUAAUUAGGAUCUGUUUUUUGUAAUUAGCUUUUAGGAGACAAAAUGUUUCAAGGCAUGAGAGACUGUUCCAUAUGCAAGAACAAAAUGGAAAAAAAAAAAACAUUCCUUUUGCCAUA